CACAUCAGUAAGGAAAGAAAUGAAGGAGUUCUGCAGAAAGUCAAAGACCAACACAAAACCAGCAUGAAGAAGAAGUAUGAACACUUAAUUGAGGGAAAUAAACUACAAGGAAAUGAAACCCUCUUGAACAGGAUCUUCACACAGAUCUACAUCAUAGAAGGAGAGAGAGAAGGAGUGAAUGAAGAACAUGAGGUUUUACAGAUGGAGAAAAAACCCAGAACACAACACAAUCCAAUCAGCUGUAAUGACAUCUUUAAACCAUUACCUGAACCAGGAUGUGAAGAGAAAGAGAAAAUCAAGACUGUUCUUACUAAAGGCAUCGCUGGAAUUGGAAAAACGGUCUCUGUGCAGAAGUUCAUUCUGGACUGGGCUGAGGGAAAAGACAAUCAGGAUGUAGAUUUCAUGUUUGUGUUUCCAUUUCGAGAACUGAAUUUGAUUUUAGAUCACCAGUACGGUCUUCACAGACUUCUGCUGGACUUUAAUCCUGAACUUCAAGAUCUGGACUCAAAGAUUUACGAGGAGUGUAAAGUUGUGUUCAUCCUAGAUGGUCUGGAUGAAAGCAGAAUCACACUGAUGUUCUCAGAUGAUGAGAAAGUUUGUGAUGUGAAUGAAUCUUCAUCAGUGGGUGUGUUGAUGUCAAACCUCAUCAAAGGAGAGCUGCUUCCCUCUGCUCUCAUUUGGAUCACCUCCAGACCAGCAGCAGCCAAUCAGAUCCACUCCAAUUACAUUAACCGUGUGACAGAAAUUCAGGGAUUUAAUGACCCUCAAAAAGAGGAAUAUUUCAGGAAGAGAAUCACUGACCAGGAUCAAGCCAGAAGAAUCAUCUCACACAUCAGAAGAGCAAGAAGCCUCCACAUCAUGUGCCACAUCCCUGUCUUCUGCUGGAUCUCAUCCACUGUGCUCCAAAACCUCCUCAAAGAAGAUCUCAAUGCAGAAAUCCCUCAAACUCUGACUGAAAUGUACAUCUACUUCUUGCUGAUUCAGAUUAAGAGAAAGUCUGAUGAAAGAGAUCCAGAGAAACUCCUGAAGUCUGACAGAGAAGUGAUUGUAAAACUUGCUGCAGUAGCUUUCAAUCAGCUGAUGAAGGGUAAUGUGAUGUUCUAUGAGGAGGACCUGAUUGAGAGCGGCAUAGAUGUCACUGACGCCUCAGUGUUUUUUGAGAUUUGCACUGAGAUCUUUAAGGAAGAAUCAGUGAUUCAUCAGAAGAAAGUCUACUGCUUCAUUCAUCUGAGCGUUCAAGAGUUUUUUGCUGCUUUCUAUGUGUUUUAUUGCUAUUUAAGCUGCACAAUGAAAGCUCUGAGGGUUUUUGAUUCAAUUCACAAUUUGCAUAAAGGGGCAGUAGAUAAAGCUUUAGAAAGUAAAAAUGGACACCUGGAUCUGUUCCUGCGGUUCUUGCUGGGCAUCUCACUGGAGUCCAAUCAGAGACUCUUAGGGGAUCUGCUGACACACACAGAAAACAGCUCAGAGAGCAUCAGUAAAACCACACUUUACAUUAAAGAGAAGAUCAAAGAUGGAAAAGCAGUCUCCACUGAAAGAGCCAUCAAUCUGUUCCUCUGUCUGCUGGAAGUGAAGGAUCAGACUCUGUCAAGAGAGAUUCAGGAGUUUCUGAAAUCAGAAAAACAUUCAGAGAAUAAACUCUCUCCAUCUCAGUGCUCAGCAAUCGCCUACAUGCUUCAGAUGUCAGAGGAAGUGCUGGAUGAGCUGGAUCUCAAGAAAUACAACACAUCAGAUGAAGGUAGAAGAAGACUGAUAUCAGCUGUGAUCAACUGCAGAAAAGCUCUUCUUGCUGGAUGUAAUCUCACUGACCAACAUUGUGAGAUAGUGACAUCCGCUCUACAAUCAUCAAACUCUGUCCUUAGAGAGCUGGACCUGAGUAACAAUGACUUGCAGGAUUCAGGAGUGAGGCUGCUCUCUGAUGGACUGAAGAGUCAAAACUGUAAACUGGAGAUACUGAGGUUGUCUGGCUGUAUGGUGACAGAGGAAGGCUGUCGUUAUCUGUCUUCAGCUCUGAGCUCAAACCCCUCACACCUGAGAGAGCUGGAUCUGAGCUACAAUCAUCCAGGACAAUCAGGAGUCCAGCUUCUCUCUCAAAUAAAGAGACUCAAUUUGGACCAUGGAGAGCCUUUCAGGAUCCAACCAGGACUGCAAAAAUAUUUCUGUGAUCUCACACUGGAUCCAAACACAGCAAGCACUCAACUCAUUCUGUCUGGGAACAGAGAGGUGAAAUAUGUGGAUGAGCAGCAGCCGUAUCCUGAUCAUCCAGACAGAUUUAGAUAUAUUCCUCAGGUUCUGUGUCGAGAGAGUCUGACUGGACGUCAUUACUGGGAGGUUGAGCGGACCGGCUGGGCUCGUGUAGCAGUGGCCUAUAAAACAAUUGACAGGAAGGAAGGGACUGUUGGUAAGUUUGGAUACAAUGACAAGUCCUGGUGUCUCUUCUGCACUGUUAAUGGAUUUGUUGUCUGGCAAAACAAUGAGAGCCACAACAUCCCUGCCCCUUCACCCACCUCUAAAAGAGUAGGAGUGUAUCUGGACUGGCCGGCCGGCACUCUGUCCUUCUACAGUGUCUCUGACACACACACACUCACACACUUACACACAUUCAACACCACAUUCACUGAACCCCUCUAUGCUGGAUUUAAGGUUUUUAAUUCCUCUCUGUCACUGUGUAAGAUCACACAACAGACAAACAUCUGACUGAGUCAUGGUCCUAUGUCUGAUUAUUAGAAGAUGUGAUUUAUGAAGUACUGUAUAUAAUGUAUGAAAUUAACUACAUAAAUAGUGAUUACAUGAUAGUGUAAAACUACUAUGUAUACUCAACCUGUCUUUGUAUUAGAUGUCUGUAACAUACAUAUACAUUUAUUGUCUUUAUAUUAAAUUGCAAAAUAUUACUGCUAUUGAUGUGGAAUAUGAUUAAGGUUAAGGAAAGGUUAAGGGAUAGUGAUAGGGUCAAUAGUAUGAUUAUAGAUGUAACUACAGAAAUUAAUAACAUAUGUGAUAUUUAUGGUCUAUAUUAGAGCAUAUUUAAGAGUGCAAACACAAAUUUGUAUUGUACGUCAUUCAUGCUGUUUCUUUAUCUCUACAAUAUUACUUCGUACACGUUUAUAAUAUAUAUAUGUACUGUAAUCAUUAUGUUGUUAUUGUGUAACUGUUUAUUCUAACUGUGUGUUGUGUGCUGUGUUGCCUUCACAAGUAAGUAGAUACCUGAAAGACACAAUCUCUGUUUCAAGGAUUUAUUAUCACAUAAUGAUAUUGUGAAGCAGUAUUUUUUGUUUUGGUAUAAUAACACUUGUUGAAAUUGUGUUGCUCAGGCGAUGUCUAACUGAACGUGGAAAACUAUUCA